UCUGCCGCAGUGCAUGUUGGGAUAAAGAAGGUUCUAUCGUCGAAGGAUCUUCGGUCAGACCUUGAGUGUGAGAUGAAUUUCUUUGGUCACUAAUUGCAUUAAAAAGUGACCGUAGAGAAUAUUAUUGUCAACAAACCAACUGUGGUUCUGUGAGUGCAGAGUCCGUAUAGAAAAUGGGAGCUGAUAAAAGGAUUAGUCGGACAGAGCGUAGUGGCAGAUACGGCUCUGACCAGUCCCGUGACGAGUCAGAGUGGCGCGACAGACGAGAGAGAGACCAAGAGCGUGAUCACAACAUGCGCCGCUGGAGUGAAGAGAGACGUAAUGAUCGUUAUGAUGGAGAUCGCCGAGGAAUGAGAGACAGUCCAGAGCAGAGAGAGAGGAAACGACGUAAUAGUGAUAGAUCAGAGGAUGGUUAUCACUCAGAUGGUGACUAUCAAGAGCAAGAUUACAGAAGGGAGCCAGGAGAUGAGAAGAAGAGUAAGACAAUCAUGCUCGGGGGACUUUCUCCGCACGUUACUGAGGAUGAUAUUCGUUUUGCCAUCGAUCAACUGGAGGGUCCUCAGCCAGUGGAUGUCAGACUGAUGAAAAAGCGAACAGGUAUAAGCCGUGGUUUCGCCUUCGUGGACUUUUAUCACUUGCAAGAUGCUACCAGAUGGAUGGAGACCAAUCAGAAACGUCUGAUCAUCCAAGGCAAGAUGGUGGACAUGCACUACAGUCACCCUAGAAACAAAUACGAAGAUUGGCUCUGCAACACUUGUGGCCUGUACAAUUUCCGGAGGCGAAUGAAGUGCUUCAGGUGUGGAGCAGCCAAAGCUGAAAGUGAAACGAGCAAUAACACAGGGGUCUCUGAAACUCAACCCAGUGGAGAUUUUUACGGCGACACAAUCAUCCUGAGAAAUAUUGCUCCUAUGACCACUGUGGAAGCCAUCUUGACAGCCCUAGCACCAUAUGCUAAUCUUUCGUCCAACAACAUUCGCCUCAUUAAGGACAAACAAACAGGCCAGAACAGAGGUUUCGCCUUUGUACAAUUGUCCUCACCUCUGGAGGCCUCUCAGCUACUAACCAUCUUACAGGGGCUGCAGCCUCCCCUAAAACUGGAUGGAAAAACAAUUGGGGUGGAUUAUGCCAAGAGUGCUAGAAAGGACCUUUUACUGCCCGAUGGGAACCGCGUCAGUGCCUUUUCUGUUGCCAGCACAGCCAUUGCUGCAGCCCAGUGGUCAUCAACUCAGCCACAGCAGAGCUCGGAUGGAAUGUCAGAGUAUGCAUAUCUACAAGAAGGUUAUGCUCCACUGUCACAGGAAUUCCAGCCAUACUACCAGCAUGGAGCAGGAGCAAGCACCUCUCAGGGAAAUGGAAUCCUAGGAGCUGCCCCAGGUGUAAAGAUUGUCCCAGCUGCAGUUGGAGUUGUAAUAUCACAGAGUGCUCAAGUCUACCAGCCUCAUAUAAUAGCGCAGCCUGCUGUGCAGGCAUUGCCGCUUGCUCAACAACUGGAGACAAAACCCCCGACAGCACAUCUUUCAGCUUUAGAAACUGCAUCUCUGCCAGCUAUUGCUGUAUCUGCUGCUGUUAACGCCUCUUUACCAGCCUCUGUACGCACAUUGGACACCAACACAGCUGUUCCUGAUACUUCCACCUAUCAGUAUGAUGAGUCUUCUGGCUACUACUAUGACCCUCAAAGUGGCCUCUACUAUGACCCAAAUUCACAUUAUUACUACAAUGCUCAGACACAGCAGUAUCUGUAUUGGGACAGUGAGAAGCAGACAUAUGUACCAGCCUCUACAAACGCAAAUGAUGGACAAAGUGAUAAAGCUAAUGGUUCUGCAGCAACAGGCAGCAAGGAACCUAAAGAGGGCAAAGAGAAGAAGGAGAAGCCCAAAAGCAAGACUGCACAGCAGAUUGCAAAAGACAUGGAACGGUGGGCCAAAAGUCUCAAUAAGCAGAAAGAGAACUUCAAGAGUAGCUUUCAGCCAAUAAGUCAAGAAGAAAGGAAGGAGGCAGCUGCAGCUGAUGCUGGAUAUACACUGUUUGAGAAGAAGCAGGCAGGUCUAGACAGACUCAUGCUAGAAGUGUCAAGGGGCCUUGAAGAGGAGCCCCCCAUCAGCUCGGUUGCUACUUCUAAAGUUGGCCUUGUGGCAGCUUAUAGUGGAGACAGUGACCCCGAGGAAGGAGGAGCAGAACUUGAUGGUGGAGAGGGAGGCCAGGACAAGCUGACAGACUGGAAAAAGUUGGCCUGCCUGCUCUGUAGGAGACAGUUUCCUAAUAAAGAGAGUUUAAUUCGACAUCAGCAGCUCUCUGACCUUCACAAGAAAAACCUGGAAGUUCUCCGCAGAUCCCAAAUGACUGAAGCAGAGCUGGAGGAAUUGGAGAGGAAAGAGACUGAGUUGAAAUACAGGGACAGAGCAGCUGAGAGGAGAGAGAAAUAUGGAAUCCCAGAACCCCCAGUGCCUAAAAAGAAGAAAUUCAGCCAGCCAACACCAGCAAUCAACUAUGAACAGCCCACUAAAGAUGGCCUUAACAGUGACAACAUUGGGAACAAAAUGCUGCAAGCUAUGGGUUGGAAGGAGGGGAAAGGUCUCGGUCGUAAUCAGCAAGGCAUCACUGCUCCAAUUGAGGCACAGUUGAGAACAAAGGGUGCUGGACUUGGCACUAAAGGCACCAACUACACCCUCUCACCUUCAGACACAUAUAAAGAUGCAGUCCGAAAAGCCAUGUUUGCUCGCUUCACAGAAUUGGAAUAAGUCAACAGUUUCAACUAGAUUGUUUUGUAUCUGAUUUGUUGAUGAUUUGGUGCAACUCUUUGUCUGCAUCAUAGGAAGGAACAGGCUCCAUGUAUGAUAAAUGAUGGGAUUACCUCCUGCUACCAGACAACAGAAUAUCAUCUGUAAUGUUGGGAUACUGGGAUAGUUAAUGACUUAAUUUAUAAUUUGUACAUAUGCACAGUGAAUUACCCUUCUUGGUUUCCAUAGUUUUAUAUAUUUGAUCCAUCUUUGUUUUUUUUUCUCCCUUGUUUCAGCAUGUGAAGAAAAUUGUACAGUUUAUAUAAAAUCUUGUCAAAUUAAGAAAAUAAAGAGCAACACAUAAUUUGUGAUGGUCUUGUUUUAUACUUAUUUCACAAACAAGAUUGUUUUUUGUGUAUAGAGUCUACUAUAUUGUAUAAAUAACAUCUUUAAUACUGUCUCGUUUAAACUGUUUAAACUUCAUGGGACAUUAAGGGAAUACAGAAUGGUUUAGAGGUUUUUUUUUGUGUGUUUUAUAGAGUUCAUAUAGCAGAAAACUAAAGAGGGAGAAACUAAAUAAGUGGAGAUAUAUGUAUGUAUGUAAGUCACAUAAGAAUUCUUGGGGCGAUAGACAAAUUAAAAACCUCAUCAAGUUUUGAAUUAUAUAGCACCCCACAUUCUAUACUAGUUCUUAUCUUUCUUAACUGCAGAGGUUUGAGGUUAUAUUUAUAAAAGUAAAUUUUAUUCAUUAAUUAUACUUCAAAAGAGCAAUCCAAUAAAAAAUAUACUAAUUCAUUUUUCAUGCAGCCAAAAUGGCUAAAAUUAAUGGAUCGACAUUUCAGUCUGCACAAGUAAGUCGGUGUGGAAGGUGGCUAUAAUUUAAGGGGUCAGCUUAACCUCAAAUCUUUGUCCUACCUGCACAAUAAAAAGAUGAGACAUU